AUGCAGAACCCUCAGAUGGCCGCCCAGAUGGCCAACAUGAACGCGGGCGGAGGCCCCCUCGACGGCACACCCAUCAUGGGCAAUGGCCAGCGACAGCCGGGGAAUGGCAUGGAUCCACGCGAUCUGCUGAACACCUACAUCUACGACUACUUCAUGCGGACCGACAAUCACAAACUAGCGAAGGCGAUGCUCGAUGCCGACUUGAACAUGAACUUGAAGAACAAGCCAAGUCCAAGCGGAAGGAAUGUGAACGGAGUCGAUCCGGGAGAUCUUCCCCUCCCAAACAUGCCCGGCAAUCAGGCUACUGAGACCUCGUUUCUGCUCGACUGGUGGGUCCAGUUCUGGGAUAUAUUCAGUGCUGCCCGCGGUCGCCAGAACAAGGGAAGCCAGUACAUCGCGCAUGCACGUAACGUCAUGCAAGCCCAAACUGAGCAGAGGAACCAGCGUAUGCUGAUGCAGGGCGGCAUGAAUGGAGCCCAGUACACAAACAUGCUACGCGCAAUGCCGAAUGGCGUUCCUACAAAUGACCUCAAACGCGCCGCAGCCAUGAACAACCGUCCUAACGGCAACCCCAUGGCAAACAUGAACCAAAUGAAGAAUCAGGCCAUGAUGUCUGCGCAAAUGCAAAGAGACGGCUCCCAGAUGGAAAUGAACGGGCAACGGCCUCAGUCGCCCGGUUCCAACGAAAACGGAGGAUCUCCGAAUAAGCGGCAACGUGUUGAAGGUAUCCAUUCCAUUAGCCCUCGAAUGGCGCUGGCGCACCGCCAAAGCUUGCCACGAGCGCCCCCGGACUAUUCUGGUCCCCAGGCUAACCAUAUGCCUUUUGCAGGUGCAAUGAAUGCGGGUAACAUGCCCGGGAACCAGUUUGGUGAAUUCGCCCAGCAGGGGCCGAAUGCGCAACAAAAACAAAUUGAGGUAUAUGCCCAAAGCCUGGCCCACCAACAGAGAACGGCACUCAAUAACCAUCAGGGGAUGAACAAUGUUGCACAAGGCUCUCCGAUGAACCAGUCCGGCCUACCCGGUGAAGGAGAGAUCUUUGUUGGCAACCAACCACGACCGGCAGGAAUCCCUGCUGGCGCCGCGCCGCCUCAAGGAAACCAUGCGCUGCAGGACUACCAAAUGCAGCUGAUGUUGCUCGAGCAGCAGAACAAGAAGCGGUUACUAAUGGCCCGACAGGAGCAGGACAGCAUGUCCGGCCCCCACGCACAGGGUCCUGUUGGCGCCGGCUUCCCUCCUUCGAUGUCCCCCCAGGGUAGCAGAGCCGGGCCCUCGCCUAAUCCCAGUGAUCAAAUGAAGAAGGGUGCUACCCCACGUAUGGGCCCGCAAGGUCUUCCCGGGUCGCCAAUGCCUGAGGGUGCAAUGCAACAGCGUGGUUCCCCUGCGCCUGGUGUAGCAUUUGAUCCUAAUCAAAUGCCUCCGGGCAUGCCUCCGCAAUUCAACUAUCCAAAUGGAAUGAACCCACAGAUGAUGAGGCCCCCGAGUUCGCAUCCUCAAUUCGUCAACGGACAGCAGGUAACACCAGAGCAAAUGCAGAUGAUGCAAAGGAAUCAAAUGGCUGCCAUGCAAAAUGGUGCAGGUUGGCGCGGACCACAAGGUCAACCCGGAAUGAUGCCCGGACAGCAGCAAAUGGGUCCAAUGGGCGCCAACCCUCAGCAGAAUCGCCAGCAGAUGCCACCUCCUCCAGCACCCACUGGUGAUCAGCCACGUACGGAGCCAUCACCUUCUCAGCCUGCUGCACCUCCAACGCCGUCGCAAACCAACAAAGCAAACCCUAAGAAGAAGAACACCAAGGACAAUAAGAAGCCCGCAAAUAAGAAAGGGGCAACAGGUGCGACUCCAGCAGCUUCCGGUGGCGAAGAACCGGCGACUCCGACCGCUCCGAUCACACCGGUACAUCCCAAAUCAUCGUUUGGUGGCCCGAACGGACAGCAGCAGCCUCAACAGGCCGCUCAGCCUCAGCAACCUGUCCAGCAACAACCGCCGCCCAUGGACAACAAUGGCGCCGGAGCCUUUGGCCAGCUGUCAGAAGAUCCUUCCUUCGACAACCUCGGUCUUGGAUUCGAUGACCCGGGUGCUCUGGAGAACUUCGACUUCGAUUCGUUCCUGCAUGUUGGCGAUGAUUCUACUAGUUUCUCGUUAGGCACUGACUUUGGUUUCGGGGACGGAUUGGAAGCUGAGGCUAACUAG